AUGCAGGCAGCUACCACGCGGCAACAGCAGCAGCAACAACAUCAGCAGCAGCAGCCGAAGCAGCAGCAGCAGCAGCAGCAGCAGCAGCAGCAGCAGCAGCAACAGCCGCCACAGCCGCAGCAGGAGCAGCAGCCGGAGGAAGAGGCUUCCACACCGCAGGAGCAGCCCAAGGAAGAUCCGACUCACCAGCAGCAACAGCAACAGCAGCAGCCACUGCAAGUGCCGCAGCAGCAGCAAGAGGAGCAGCAGCAGGCUGGCGGUUCUUUGGCUGCCGGCAAGCAGCAGCAGGCGCAGGAGUCCCCCAAACCGGCGGGGGCAACCAGCGGCGACGACCCGGCGUCCCUGAAGAACCUCGCCUUGGGGCUCAAGGGCCGCGCCCUGGCCGCUAAGAGGCGGCUCGCACCCCAGCAGGCCAAGGGCGUUGUAGAUGAGGGGGCAGGUGAGGCCGCCCGCGACGCUGGCGCAGAGGAACGAGGUGUUACAGUCGCGCUGGCCGAGGUGCCGCCAACCAAGCGUGUGCGCAUUGAGACUGAGGCGCACAAGGCGGAUCAGGGCGCUGCGCCUGCAGCAGCCCAGCAGCAGCAGCAGCAGCAGCAGCAGCAGCAGCAGCAGAACCUCCAGGCUGACGCUGGCGCAGCAGUGCCCGCACUUGGUCCAGCACCAGCAGCGGCCAUGAUAUCAGGCACAGCAGCAGCUGCGGUGCCGGCGCCCCCUGGCAGGCCGCCACACGAGCAGCAGGGGCUUGAGACCCACCGGCUACUGGAGGCGCAGCAGCAGGGCCGCAGCCAUGCCCAUGGAGAUGUAAGCGUGCCCAUCACAGGCGCAGUGCCGCGUGUUGAGGAUGAGGACAUGGCAGAGGGCGGCCCAAGCGGCAGAGGUCGAGGCGGGGACACUAUCGACUUGACCGCGGAGGACAGCAACAGCGACGACGAGCAGCAGCAGGCCCAGCAGGCUCAGCUGCAGCAGCAGGAGGAGGAGCAGCCCGCUGACGUCCAGCCCGUUGCAGCUGUAUCAUCCGGUGCACCCUUCGCGAGGCCCGGACAGGCCUUAGCAGCUGUGCAGGCGGCUGCUCGUGGCAGUGGUGUGGUUGAGCACGGGGCCCUGCAUGCUGGCGGGGCCCCACCCGUGCAGCCCGCCGUCACGGAGGAGCUAGAGGACCUGCUGGAGGGCGCUGGUGAGGCCGGCUGA